UUUAAAUAUUUAUUUUAUUUAUUUACAUCCCAAAUGUUGCCCCCCUCUCCCCGUCGUCCUUCCUUCCCAGAAUUCUUUACCCUAUUGCCCCUCCCCUUUGCCUCUGAGAUGGUGACCCCCUUUCCAGGCAUCUCCCUUCUCUGGGGCAUCAAGUCUCUACAGAAUUAGGCGCAUCCUCUCUCACUGGGGAAAGACAAGGCAAUCAGUCCUCUCUUAUAUAUGUGCCAGGGGGCCUUGGAUCAGCCCUAAGCAAGGCCUUCAGUGACGCUCUUAACUUCACUUUCUCUCAGAAUGUCCUUGUAUUACUUUCAUUCGUGAAAGAUGUUACAGUCUGUUUGACAAAUUCGUUUAACCAUUAAGUUUGUUCUGCUUUCUUUUGCCCUCCAUUGUUUAUGAUGAGAAAUCUCAAUUAUGCAAAACAUUAUUCUAUAGAAUUAGUAUAUCCUUUUUCCUUUCAAGAUAGUUUUCUUGGUUUGGUGGUUAUUAGUACAGAAAAAUAUUGCCUAUAUCUUGGCCGCUAUUAGGGAUGCAUCAGAAAGCUACAGCUGAGGGCUGUAUUGCUCUAUCCUGCUCCGCUGCCAGCCUCCCACACGUGCACCUGGAGGUGGGACCAUUAAGGCACAGAAGCCAGUAGGUGUUCACCUCCUUCAGGACCAUACCUACUCUGAUGGAGUCUCUCCUCUUCCACCUGCCAUUUCCUGCUGUUCCAAUAGCCACUGCAGGAUUGCCUGAGAACUGAGCUGUGAGGAAAUGGAGAAAGAUCUGAGAGGAGAAAUGACUCCCCCACACAUACUGAGCAUCAGAUGCCUCCUUUCCUGAUCUCAAGGCGGAGCGGAAGGGGUUGUUUGGGAGAUUUCUUGUGCCGGUUCCCAGUUUCAGAGUUUGCUGUCUGGAGCCCAGGCUGGAGGAAAUCCAAGGAAACAAAAAUGCUAAGUUCCUGCCACUCCAGUGACUUAACCUCACUGGCCUUCUUCUUUAGUUAGCCCUGUUUGUGGCUUCCCUUCAGAAUGCUCCCAUAGCUCCCACGUGUAGGUAUUUUGUUCGAGCUUCCUUGGUGCAUUCAGUAAGAGCAAGGUGCUUACCCAGAGCUGUAAUGAAAACUGGUUUUGAAACUGAAAAAAAACAACAACAACAACAACAACAACAAAAAACAAAACAAACAAACAAACAAAAAAACAAACCACUAAAUGUUUCCUAAUUAGUACAAAAUAAAAUUACUGAUUUCUUUGGAAUAAUUUUAUCUUCUUUUAUGUUUGUAACCCUCAUUUGUUACAAUUUCCCUUAUACCUAAACACUGAUUCUCUUCUCAAUUACCUGCUUUCUGAGGCUUAGGAGAAUUCUUUACUGGCUGACACCAUUCCAGAUGGGAGUAGUGUGGGUGGAAGAACUCUCUUGCUUUGGGGACAUUGUUAGUGGAGACUUCUGGGAAAUGUAGUCUUCUAAAUAACAAGGAAAAAAAUAAACCCAGGAAGAUGAUACGAAGAUAGAUCACAUCUUUCCCCCAUAAACAUUCAAUUUUUCCCCCAUAAACAUUCAAUGAUUACAUGGUAUUUUUUUGUUUUGCAUUAAGUAUGAAGAAGUUACUUAUUUAAUUUAGGCGGUCAUUAAGACAGAUAAAACAUGCCAUCAUUAGCUCUCUGGUAUAGUACUAGUUUUUUGUUUGUUUGUUGUAUGUAUUUUUUUAAAUUUCCCAUGACCUUUUCAACUGCAGUGUACUGCUCUUGCUACAAUUGCUCUUUUUGUAUUUUUGCACAGUGUAUGUAAUGAUGGCCCUAUGACGAGAGAAUCCAAUUUAACUGGAGAUUUAAUAGAGAGAAAGUGUAACAAAUGCCCCCCCAUAGCCAUUUAUUGGUUUAAAAAAAUAGAAAAGAAAGAAAGAAACCCUGGUGGAUUUAGUACAAAUACGGAAUGUGGAAAAAGAUUUGACUCGUAAGGAAUAGAAACAUUAAAAUAAUGACUUUUUCGUAGAUAUUAUGACUAUUUACAAGGCUACUUUUGAGAUAGCAGGCCAAUACUACAGAGUCUUAAUGUAAAUUAGUGACGUUGCUUUGUAAAUUCUGUUGGAAAAUUCAGUUUGGACAAAGAGCCGAGGGCACAAGCUCAGUUUUGCUCUCAGACUCAGCCAACAUUUACUGACCACCUUCCAUAUACGAGCGAUACAGCAAGAGGAAAAUGUUCUUUCCCCCACAAUGUGUACAUUCUAAGGGUGGUGAUAUAGAUUGUCUAGAUUAACACUGUCUUUUUUUUUUUCAACUACAGAUAAUUAAAUACAACAAAACUCAGACAUAAAUGCAUUUGGCGGGGUGGGCUGCGGGGGAGACGGCUCAGCUGUUCGAGUGCCUUCCAGUGAGCAUGGGGAAGCUAAACACCCAUGUACAACACCAGACAUGCAACGCUGGCAUAACUGAAUCAGUGGGUGAGCUCCAGCUGUGCCCAUUGAGGGACCUUGUCUCAAAAACGAAGACGGAGAGUAGUUUUUAAAAAGACCUCUGGGGUUGGGGAUUUAGCUCAGUGGUAGAGCGCUUACCUAGGAAGCGCAAGGCCCUGGGUUCGGUCCCCAGCUCCGAAAAAAAGAACCAAAAAAAAAAAAAAAAGAAAAAAAAAAGACCUCUGGUGUAUACACAUACGCUCACGCACACACAUGCAAGAACAAAUGGAGGAAGGAAGGAAGAGGAAAGGCAUAUUACUUCUCUCAGGACCAUGACCAAAUCUCUGACAGAAAGAAACUUUUAGAAAGGAAGGAUUUAUUUUGGCUGUGGUUUGAAGGAAAUGUAGUCUAUCAUGUGAGAGAAGACAUGACAGAAAGCUUAUGGUCACAUCGUGUCCUCAGUCACGGAGCAAGGAGAUAAAUGUUCCUAUUCAACGAGCUUUCUCUUUUAACCUUUUAUUCAGUCUGGGCCAUAGCCCACAUCCAAAGUGGGCCUUCCUUCCGUAGGUAAAUCUCCCUGAAAACACCCUCACAGACACAUUCAAACAUAUGUUUCCUAGAUGAUUGUAAAUCCAGUCACGUGGACAAUGGCAGAAGACCUCCCUGAGAGAGCAGUGUCUGAGCAGAGACUUUGAGGACUGGAAGAAGCAACCUGGAAGUCUCAGUUGCUCCAAACCCGUGGACAGCAAACAAAAGCUGGGUGUAGAGGCCCAGCAAGGAAGAAUUUGCUGAGAGCAAAAUGAGUGAUGGGCAAUGUCAUUUAAGAGGACACCAGAGAGUUGAGGUAAAAGAAGGGCAAGAUGACAAGGUGAUAGAAGAAAUCCCAGAAGGAUGUGAGCAAAGGCACGGCUAAUCAGAAAGGGCUGGCUCACGAGGGGGAAGCCCAAGCCCCUUCCCACUGCACCCAGUGGGGCGGGCAAGAAAUCAGGCCAGCAGGUUAACUAAUUCGCAGUCAGAAAUGGAAGGCCUAGAAAUGGACAGUUGCAGUCCAGUUUCCUGAACUUUGUGGUCCCUUGAGCCCUUUGAUGUCAGGUAGCAGACUGGAGACGAACCCACAAUAAGGAUCACUUAGCUGUAUAGUGCACAUCUUUCCAGCUUACUAUUUUAAUACUGUAAAGGAUAACAUUUCUUAAAUACCUUAGGGUAUUUAAGAUUUUUUUUUAAAGCCAAGAGCUGUUCACAAUAAAUAACUCCUGUUACUCACAAAUUGGUUUAGGAGAUCAAAACAUGUUUCUAAAAGCGUCCAGAUAAUAUUACUACUUAAUGUAUGCCAAGGAGUGAGAUACCGGAGGCCCAGAAGCUGAAGGGAUAGACACCCUGUGAAGUCCGCCCCUUCCUCCACCUCCGUGCAACAGCUAGUUUGAGGUAAUAAAGGACCCCAUGCCUACGUGUUGAAGUCUUGGCUCCACGGCUCUCAGAGCGAAACCAACUAUCUCUUUAAGAAGGAAAGUGAAGACGGGAGGUUUACGCAGCUGCCGGCGAGCUUCCGACUGGCUCAUCCCCUCCAUCCACCUCUCCUCCCCCGCCCUCCACCUCUCCCUCCCCCCAGCCCCAGCCCCAGCAAGCACCCGCUAGCCACCUUCAGCUGGGGCUCGGGAGAGCAAUCCUGCUACCCUCCCGGGGCAGCCUAAACCAUGGAAGCCUUCGCAGGUUGCUGAUCAUCGUCAGGCGGCUGCUGCAGCGACUGCAGAGGCGCUGCGCCAAGCUGCGCCGGAGUCGUGCGAGCCGGCGGGACUGCGGAGGGCGAGUGGACCCAGGUGUGAAGACACUGGCCACAGAGGAAAACGGACAGCAAAAUAAUAUCGAACGGCUCUUGUGUCUGAGCUUAACUUUGCCCUUUAAGGCUUCUGUCAGGAACAGUGGUUUUACAACGCAGAAAACCCAGCCAUUGUGCAGAUGUCACGGGUGGGAGGACUCAGCUGGCAACCUGAUCCUUCAAGAAAGCAGUUUGGUUGGGAGAACAUCCAGACUCUUUGGUCCUAGAAUCCACCCAGGGAUCCAUCAUGAGGAAAUAACAUUAAAUGUGGAGCAAUAGCUACAGACAGAGAGAGCAUUGCACUGGCUUUGGUAAUGAGAAAGUACUCGUGGUUAGCAAAAGGGAAGAGUUAACCAUCGUGGGCCAGCGAUGGAAGAUUAUGCAAGGCAUAAACCACUGUACGUAUGCUCGAGUGUCUGUGUUGAUGUGGGUGUGGGUGCGUGGUGCACGCUCGUGUGUGUGAGUAUGGGCACAGCCAUGCCCCAGCACUUGUGUGGAGGACAACCCUGUGUGUCAGCCCCUCACCUUCACUUGCAAGGCUGUUCGGCCUUCUAGCUUCCAGGACUUUUCUUGUCUCUACUACUGUUCUCACUAAGAGCACUGGGAUUGCAGACACACGUUUCUGUGUGCAGCUUUUACAAGAUUCUGGAGAUCCCAACAGCUCUUCAUACUCGCACAACACGUACUUUACCCGAUGAGUCAUUUCUCCAGCCCCCAGAAAACACGUUUUAUAAAGACUGCACCAUAUGGACAAUUCUUAAACCAUGCUAAAUUUUUUAAAAAAUAUGAAGAUAUAUAUAGAGUUAUAGAUAUAGAUAGAUAGAUAGAUGAUAGAUAGAUAGAUAGAUAGAUAGAUAGAUAGAUAGAUAGAUAGAUAGAUGGGUGGGUGGGUUUGGAUCUGCAGUGGAUGCCAAUAUCUGAACACACUCUGACUCGGAUGCUCUGGGUCAGACUCUUGAUGGAUAAAGUCAGUGCAUGGUGGGGCCUAGGCACGAGUGGGAAGGCCAGUGUGCUAAGGAGGAGAAAGUGGAAGAUUUGGUUCUGUGUGGCCCUAGUGCUUGCUCUUGCCAAAUACUUAGUCUUCAAAGGCUAGCGUGCCACUUUCUGGAAGUCCUAGCCCAGCUAUGUCGUGCUCCUGUGCUAAGAGUUUCUAUGCCAGGCACUGGCCUUUAUUGUCACAACAGCAGUGUGCCUUAGUUACAUUUAAGGCGCUUGGCCCUGAGAGGACUGUUCUGAGGGCACACAGCUACCCUGGCCUAAGAUUUGAAUCCCGAGGGGUCUGACUUACCACAAGGGACCCCCUGAACUGGUGCUAAUAGCAUUGCUUUGUACCAAGCCUGGAACAUACAAGCUACAGCUAGACCUACUGUGUGCACAUCUGUGAAAAAUAAAUUGAACUGUCAUCUUAGGCUAUGAAGAGACAUCAUGGCCGUGGCAACUCUUAUAAGGGACAACAUUUAAUUGGUGCUGGUUUAUACAUUCAGAGGUUCAGUCCUUUCUUGUCAUGGCAGGAAGCAUGGCAGCAACCAGGCAGACCUGGCACUGGAGGAGAUGGGAGUUCUACCUCUUGUUCCAAAGGCGGCUAGAAGAAGACUGGCUUCCAGGCAGCCUAGGAGGAGGUCCCAAAGCCCACACCCACAGUGACACACUUCCUUCAACAAGGCCAUACCUCCUAAUAGUGCCAUUCCCUGGGCCAAGUACAUUCAAACCACCACAACUGUUUUUGGUAAACUGUCAGAUUUGUGGUACUGUACUUUACAAAGUUACAGCAAACUAGAAACUAUCCAGUAUCAAACCAUUACGCCUGAAGGAAUCACAGGGUUAGGCUUCUGCCAGUCUCUGUCACAUCUUCACCCACGCAUAACCUUGCCUCAUGUGGGUUUCUGUCUAAAUUAUAUCUUAUUUAGUACAUAUCAAUUCAUAUCCAAAGACACAUACCCAACAGCUCUGUGCUUCAUCCCUGCGGGAAGUAUUUCCGACCAAUGUAUUUCUUUGUGAGCAAGCUCUCCUGUGUAGAGGGACACCAGCUAGUAAUUUAGCAAAGGCUUGGGGCGAUCAUUUCAACCAUGGAAUCACAAGCGAAAGGGUUGCAGAUCUGGUCAUUCAUAGACUUCGACUAGCUCUGUGCUUACAGUAGAUGAGGUUGACCAAGAAGCCACCUGGUUGGGGUGCAGUGGCUCAGUAGUUAAGAGCAAUGGCUGCUUUUCCAGAGGACUGGGUUCAAUUCCCAACACUCACACCAUUUGUCAAAACCUUUUGUGACUCCAGUUCCAGAGGAUCCAAUGCCCUCUUCUGGCCUUCGUGUGCAUGGUGAGCAGACAUUCACACAGGCAAAACACUCACCUAGGAUAAAUCUCUUUUGUAAAAUACGUCAUGACGCUGUCUUGUGGUCAACUGAGGACAUGGCAUGCACUCAAACUCAUGCCUGUGUGCGAGUGACUGGGGAAGAGUUGAAAUUAAUUUUGAGUAUUACAUUUUUAUUAAUUUUGAGACUACAAAGAAAUACCGGCAAGUAGAUGGCUUUACAAAUAUAAAAUCAAUGAAUAGUGAAAAGCAAGCACGUAUGUUAGGUUUUAAGAUCUGACAUCAGGCUUUGGGGUUUCAAAUGGGAUUUCAACAAGAUGGGGAGAAAUAAUUUGGAGGGGCAGCUGGAAUGAGCUCUGAGUUCUAGACAAUGCCCAUGCUGCAGAGGGCGGGAGGUGAACGGAGAGACUGAUUGUAGAGCACGAAACGGCUGCUCUCGUUCUUGUCCUUGAGAUCCAGUUGUUAGCUUUGUGCUCAGGUCUCUGCCAAGGAGUAGAAUCAGCCUUGAAAGAAAGAUGGCCCACUGCACGAAGCACCAAGCAAGAAGACACCGUGACUGUGCAAACGGAGUCCUCGCUGCCUCCGCUGCUGAAAAGCCAGUGCACACUCUUAUCAUUCAGCCAGUGUGGUGGGUGUGCUCUGGGCAGAGCAUCCGUACUAGCUUAAGGCCUGGGAACACAGUCAAGGACGAGAUGGGCCCAUGUCUUACUUUUCUGGAGCUUAUAAAGAUAGUGGACAAAUAGGUGUAUAAAUAUGUUAGUGGACGCCGAGGAUGCUAGAGAGCAGUGAAGUGUGGGAGGGGAGAGGGAGACCGGGGUGGGAGCUUGCAUCAUAUUAAAUGGGGUGCAUUUAAGAAGACACCCAGGGGGCAAAGAUCUUCCUGGAAGAGAGAGAGUGCUGAACAGAGGUGUGGGGGCGGAGCUCUCCAGGCAGAAGAAUUAGCAAGUGCAAAGGCCCUGAGGAGGGAACUUGUGAGAAGGUGUAGUGGGUGAGGGGAGCAGUAGGAGAGGAUGAAGACAGUCGAUGAUGGAAAGAAAAGGAUGUCAAGGACUUUAGAUCAGCCAGCGUCCCUAGAUGGGAGGCAUUCACUGAAGGGGGUGCCACAGUCUGAUCCCUGUUCUGAGGGGACUUGGCUUGCCAUGGGAUUGUAGGGGCUAAGAGGAUUUCUGUGUCCAGGGACAGCUGGUGGCGGCUGACACUGUGGAUGGGCACUGGCAGCUCUAGCAGGGAAGGAAGGGUGCCACAGCUCCCCUGAAGCACAUCAGAGGUUUCUGCAGCUGGAGCAGUGGGGUUGCUGUUAGUCUCCGAGAAGCAGAGUUCUGCAGAAAGACUAGAGAGUUGUGCUUUCAGGAAUGCUAAUCUUGGAGUGCUAUCUUACACCCAAGCAGCAGUGUCCUGAAGGGCCAUUGUUUGCUAGACAGUUAUUGGCUUGUGGGUUUUUUUCUUUUGACUUUUUCCUUGCACACCACCCGCCCCAGCUAGAACCAAGGUGGAAAAAAUGUUUGGAGGGAGCUGGAUUUGGAGAUAGCCCAGUCCUGAAAGUGCUCGCUGUGAAAGCCUGAGUUUGAAACCUCUGAAAGCUGUGCGUGUGACACACACUUCUAAGGCCAGCUCAGAAGUGUUGGAAACAGCUCAUUGGCUAGCCUGCUGUGAGCCCAGUGAGAGAGACCCUGUCUCAAAAGACAAGAUAGAUGACUCCUGAGGAGUGACUCUCAAAGCUGACCUCUAACCGCCACAUGCAUGUGCACACACUGGAACAUGGACACAUAAACACAUGCACACGCAUGCACACAUACACAUGCAAUGCUUAUGAGGUCAGGAACCUCUGAAAUGCAAAUCGUUCUAACAUCAUACAUUAAGAUUUUGGAUUGAAAAGCCUGGAAAUAUGUCUCAGUCAGUAAAGUGUUAUAAAAACUGAACACACGGGCCCAGCACCCAUGGGAAAAACAGGAUUCAGUGUCUGCAAUCCUGGUGCUGGAGAGAUAGAAAUGGGUCCAGCCAGUGUAGAGAGUGAUUGAGGAAGACACCAUCACCUCCACACAUGCACAGACACACAUGUAUAAAUUCACAUGACAAAUAUGUAUGUCACACAUGCACAUGCAUUCACAAAAAGAACUAGGAUUGGGAUAACGAUAAAAUAUAUGCACUACAUUAACGUGGGUCUAGAGAGAUGGCUCAGCAGCUAAGAGCACUGGCUGCUCUUCCAGAGGACCCGGGUUUGGAUCCCAGCACCCGCAUGGCAGCUCACAAUUAACUGUAACUCCAGUUCUAGGGGAUCCAGUGCCCUCUGUUGGCCUCCAUGAGCACCACACUUGCCCGUAUACAGCGUGUGUACCCAUACAUGUAAAACAAAAGCCAUCUUGGUUUUGUUUGUGUGUUUGUUGUGUGUGUGUUUGUGUGUUUUAAGGAAGAUAGUGGCUGUGGAGACAGCACAGGGAAUAAAGCCCUUUCCAGGUCUGCAUGAGGGUCAGAGGUCAGAUCCCCAGCACCCAGGAACAAAACCUGCUAUGGCCAUACACUUUUGUAAGCCCCAGAACUGAGAGGGGGUGGUCACCAAAGCUGAGAGGCCAAGAAGGCUAAUUGGUGGGCUCCAGAUUUUAGGGAGAUACCUUGCCUCAAAAAAUAAGAGUGACAGAGACAUCAGAGACCAAUCUCUGCUUCUCUGUACACACAGAAGUACAUACAUUUACACUCACAUGCGCAUGUCAUGUGCGCACACACACAAACACACACACACACACACACACACACACACACACACACACAGAGUCACAUAGUGCCCAGUGAGGUGUCUCAACAAGUAGCAACAUUUGUUUUGUAAGCGUGACAACCUGAGUUACUUCUGUGGGUUUUCUUCUACACACACACACACACACACACACACGUACAUUAUUGUUGUUGUUAUAACAUUUUUUACAAUAGUUAUGAAGAUAGCAGACAGGCGUCCUCUGUGCGGGCUCUGCCAGCAUGGAGCAGCCUUUAUUGCUGCUGAGCCCACCAUUGCUAUCCCAUGCACAAGUGUAAUCAGCCCCAUUUGCAGAAAAGCCAACUGAGACUUAGACGGAUCCAGUGCAGUAGGAACCUGAACCCAGGUGCAUUUGAUCCUAGAGCCAGGCUGGUUCUGUUAAGUUAGUUGGUUUCUCCGUGAGUAAAAACUUUGAGGCAGAAGACGUUUAAGCGGGGCCUGAGUGUUUGCAGACUCUCCACUUACAGAGCAUCUUGAAAAUGCGUGUUAUGACUAAAUCAAGAGACAGGACAGCUUCUCUGGAGGACUUUUCUGGAGAGGGGUUUGCUACUGUCUGGCGUUCAGCCAGCCAGUGCGAGCGAUGCUGGACCUUGCUAAGAGCCAGGGAGCUUCCUGGACCUGAAGGGUUUCAGCUCCGUGUGGGAAAGGCCACCAGCAGUCAGCUGGACGGGGACCAGCUGCUAAGCAGGCAGGGCAGCUGGCAGCUCCAAAGAGCAAGCACGGAGGAGGGAGGAGGAGCCUGCAGUGAGGGGCAGGGCUUGUGGGUAACACAGGGCACGCUUGGGUGAGCCAUGCUGCAUCUCUGUACGCAGCUCGCGGGUCUCAGAAACACAGAUUCGACUUGGCUCCCAGCAGAAGCAGCAUGCCCCCCGGGAACACCGCCCAUCCCGCCGCUGACCAGGACCCGCAGCCUCAUGGCCAUGUCCCUGCAGGGAAGUAGACGGGCCUCUGCCGGAUCUCGCAGGCGCACGUCUCCACCUGUGAGUGUGCGGGACGCCUACGGCACCGCUUCCCUCAGCAGCAGCAGCAACUCUGGCUCCUGCAAGGGCAGUGACAGCAGCCCCACACCGAGGCGCUCCAUGAAGUACACACUCUGCAGUGACAACCAUGGCAUCAAGCCUCCCACCCCAGAGCAGUACCUGACUCCACUGCAGCAGAAGGAGGUUUGUAUCCGGCACCUGAAGGCCCGGCUCAAGGACACACAGGACCGGCUCCAGGAUCGGGACACAGAGAUCGAUGACCUUAAGACGCAGCUGUCCCGCAUGCAGGAGGACUGGAUCGAGGAGGAGUGCCACCGCGUCGAGGCCCAGCUGGCUCUGAAAGAGGCCCGCAAGGAGAUCAGGCAGCUCAAGCAGGUCAUCGACACUGUCAAGAACAACCUGAUCGACAAGGACAAGGGGCUGCAGAAGUACUUUGUGGACAUCAACAUCCAGAACAAGAAGCUGGAGACGCUGCUGCAUAGCAUGGAGGUGGCUCAGAAUGGAGUAGCCAAGGAGGAAGGAACUGGGGAGUCGGCAGGCGGGUCCCCUGCGCGCUCCCUCACCCGCAGCUCCACCUACACCAAGCUGAGUGACCCAGCCGUCUGUGGGGACCGCCAGGCAGGGGAUCCCUCCAACACCCCUGCUGAGGACAGAGCUGAUAGCGGCUUUGUGGCUGCCGAUGACACCCUGAGUCGGACGGAAGCCCUGGAGGCCAGUAGCCUGCUGUCAUCUGGAGUGGACUGUGGCUUUGAGGAAGCCUCGCUGCACAGCUCCUUCAACCUGGGCCCCCGCUUCCCUGCCAGCAACACGUACGAGAAGCUGCUGUGCGGCAUGGAGGCUGCUGUGCAGGCCAGCUGCAUGCAGGAGCGGGCCAUCCAGACAGACUUCGUGCAGUACCAGCCUGACCUGAACACCAUCCUGGAGAAAGUGGGCCAGGCUCAGGGGUGCAGCUCGGUCCUCAAGGACAGGCACUCAGAGCUGGAUCUCCACCCUUCAGGGCCCAGAGACCCCGACUCAGCAGUGGUGGUAACAGUAGGUGACGAGCCGGAGGCCCCAGAGCCCAUCACCCGCGGGCCAGCUAUACACCGGCCUGCAGUCAACUCUAACCCAGGACUGCCAGUGAGUGUGGUGUGUCCCGUGGAAGAGGAGGAGGAGGCAGCCGCCGCCGCCGCCGCCGCCGCCGCCGCCACCACCACCACCACCACCACCGAAAAGGAACCCAAGAGUUACUGGAGCCGCCACUACAUCGUGGAUCUGCUGGCUGUGGUGGUGCCAGCUGUGCCAACGGUGGCCUGGCUCUGCCGCUCCCAGAGGCGUCAGGGCCAGCCCAUUUACAACAUCAGCUCCCUGCUGCGGGGCUGCUGCACAGUGGCCUUGCACUCCAUCCGCAGGAUCAGCUGUUCACUGAGCCAGCCGAGCGCUGGCUCAUCCGGUGGCUCCCAGCUCUGAGGCUGCCAGCCCUCCACUUUGGGCAGCCUGACCAUUGAUUGUAGGAUGCCACUUGCUGCCCUCCAUCCCACCCCCACCCCUAUUGGCUUCCUCUUAACUUCCUUUCAGGCCCAGAAUAGCGCCCCCCACUCAAGAUAUCAGUAGUGUCAGGGAUUCAGAAAGGCAUCGCAAAAACGUCAAGAGAAAGGGAUUAAGAUGGCUAAUUGAAGAGGGAGAAACUGGUAAGAGCGCCCCUCCCUCUGUCCCCUCGGCCCACCCAGACUCUAGACAAGGCAGGCCCUGCUCAGAAAGUCUCUGGCUUAUUGAUCUGAGGAUCCUCCCCUCUUUUGAACCAUUCUUGUCAGCACCUGGCCCACUCCAUGCCUUCUCUUCCAGGCCACCCCUUGCCCCUCUCCUUGGGCUCCUGGACCAGUAUUACCUCCUCAAAUGGAGGCAGCCAGGACUCAAAAUACAGAGAACCACUCCACGCAGGGUCUGGCUUCCCUGGUCCCACCAAGGCUCCAGCUCUCCUCCCUUGCCUAGGAUGCAGAAGUAAGGUCCAGCUGGAAUGACCAGCUCAGGCAGGAGGGUAGGUUCUGUGUCUGUCUGUCUGUCCUCUUGGCUUCUGGGUGUGUUAGAUCUUUGUGAGAUGUCCAAUACCCAUCACUACUCCUAACAUGCUUAUCGUGGGAUUGGGAGGGAGCCCUUACCCAAGCCCCAGCUCCCCUUGGGCAAAUCUGCCAGCACAGAGAAGGCAAGGCUAAGGCCCUUCACCUUCUGAGAUGAGUCCACCUCAUCUGUAGCCUAGAGGUACCUCAGUGAGUUGGGAAAGUCAGAGGUCACUUACCACAGGCCCCUUUGGCCCCAAGCCCUAUCUAUGUUUGCACUCAGCUCCCUGCCCAUCCCAGAAACCCCGGGCUGCUUGCUUUCUGGGAUGAGGACUUCUUUCACCCAGCUGACUCCAGAGGAGGAUGAUGGAAGAUGGCUAUCAGGGGGCACCUCCAGAUGAGUUUCUGAAGCCACAACAUCUGCCUCUCCAUGCCAAAGCAGGGUCCCCCAAGUGUGCUUCCCAAGCAGGGGAAUGGCCAGGUAGUGUGAGCCUGUCUGUGCUGCUCCUGGUCCAGGCCUAGUCAGCCUGAGAAAAUGCUGCGAUCCUCACUUCCCUCUUCUUCCCAGAGAGGUCAUACCUACCUGACUGGCCCACCUCCAGGGAGCUGGUAGAGCCCUGCAUCUCACCCUCUCUGGCAUGGGAGCCUCCCUGGUUCUCUGCUAAGGUCGCUUGUCCUCACUGUUGCUCCAGUGGCCACUACUUGACUCAUGAGUUCUGCCCCACCACUCUGUGCCCUCCAAAGGGGCACCUGCAUGCACUGGGAGUGGGCAGCAGCCAGCCUAGCCGUCAGGGCAAGAGCCCUCUGCCGUGCGCUUUGUGCCUCCAAGCCCCCAUCCCCACCUUGGUUGGGGCUGCAGACCUGCCAUCCUUGGUGGAACGUUCCUACCCCAGCUGAACCAAACCCAAAUGCCUGAGGCCUCGCUGGGGCUGCCCCAUAGGACACUGGGGUGGUACCAUGGAGAGACAGGGGAUAAAACUGAUCCAAAGCCAAGCCAGGACUGGCCACGGACCCAGUCUCCUGCGCCGUGUACUCAUGGAGCUCCAUAUGUCUCCCUAGCAACAGUUGAAGCUCUGCUGAGAAAAAUAAAUGUAUGAACUAUAUUUGACAACAUAAAAUCCAUAUAUUUUUCACCAUUUGGCAUUUAGUCCAACUUUGCAGCCCCUCUGUUCCAUGUCUUGCUGUCUGGGCCUUCUUGUCGUGUCUCGUGUUUGGUGGACUUGGGCAGGGCUACAACUGUGGUCUACUCUGUUCCUGCUGCUGGAGAAGCCACUGAGAAGGGUCCAGGUUUGUAGAGGCAUCAGGUGAACUGGCCACCACCCUGCUCCUGCCGUGACCCUAGCCCUGCCUAUGUGAUCGCCUGUGAACUCACCUACAGUAGAGAUCCUCUUUCGUGAGUUCUGCCUCUCAGAAGGGCUCUGCUCCUUGCCAGAGCAAGUGGAGUGAGCAGCUCAUUACCCAGCCAUGGGAUGACCCUGGAACCCUGCAGGCUGGGGUAAUGGCCCUCUUCUUAAGUUUAUAUAAGCCCUGAGUCCCAUAUCCUUACAAAGGGGUUGCAGUGCCCAUGCAGUCCCAAGAGGUAGGCUUGGAGGUAGACACUUGAGCAGCCUGCUGUUUCCAGAUAUGGAGAAGGGGGCUGAGAGCAAGGUGGAACUGGGCCAGGCUCCCCUUAGAUGCUCAUCCCCAAAGCUCCCCCCUUCCCAGUUGGCUGCAGUUUUCCCUCUUGCCCUUGGCUCCUGGAGCAAAAAUGUUAAGGGUGCUCCUUUCCCCUGCCUCCAGUCAGAGCAGACAAGGUCUUGAGGAAGUGUCCCCAGGAACUGCCUUCUAUAGCUCCUGAGGCCUUGGAGCCCAGCGGCUUGAAGUAGUGGCUCCUUUGUUCUGGAGCCCUCUGACAGGGCUCCGUGAGGACUUCUGAAAAGAGGCAACGCUGAGCAGAGUUCACGGUCAAUGUGUCCAGGCAGGUAGCAUACAUAGCUUUUCACCGAGACUCCUCUUCACCUGUACAGGCACAGGACAACAUAUCCCAGGCUCUAGGGCCAAAGGCCACUGAGGGGUCUCCACCCUAGGAACUCAUAGCCCCCUUCCGAUCUAGGCGACAUGUAAACUGGCCACCGUGCACUCACAUUAGGCUAUCUUGACAGAUUCCAGGGGACACAGGAGGGGGGCUGUGGGAAGGGGUCAUAACUCUCAGUCUCCUUUGUCUCUUUGUUCAGACAGAGUUGUGCCUGUCGCAGACAGCUCUGAAUUAAAGCAUGAACACACACACA